CUCUCCUUCACUUUUCCCCUUCUCAUUCUCAUUCUGUGUGUGUAGAGUGUAGACAGGCCAAGGAAGCGUAUACAAGAAAGCGAGCGCUACCUCUGCAUAUGCAUUAAAAAAAUCUUGAAAUACUUUGUAGAGAUAAAACAGAUAUUAAAGGUUGAUCUUUUUUUUCUUCUUUGAGUAUUGUAUAGUCAUGGCGGCGAAUAUUGGGAUGAUGGAUGGUGCAUACUUUGUGGGGAGGAACGAAAUUCUUGCGUGGAUCAACGCCAGGCUUCAUCUUAAUCUUUCUCGAGUUGAGGAGGCAGCAUCAGGGGCUGUGCAAUGUCAGUUGAUGGAUAUGGCAAAUCCAGGAGUUGUUCCCAUGCACAAGGUUAAUUUUGAUGCGAAGACUGAAUAUGAUAUGAUUCAGAACUACAAAGUGCUUCAGGAUGUAUUCAACAAACUCAAGAUCGACAAGCAUAUUGAGGUCAACAAACUGGUCAAAGGGAGGCCGUUGGACAAUUUGGAGUUCCUGCAAUGGAUGAAACGAUACUGUGAUUCCAUAAAUGGUGGAAUGAUGAACGAGAAUUAUAAUCCCACGGAGCGUAGAACAAGAGGUGGAAAGGACAGAAAUUUGAAGGGUUCUCAGAAGAACUUCAAAUCAUUGCAAACAAACAACUCACUGAAUUCCAGCUCGUGCAACAAUGUUGGUAGUAAUAGGGUUUCUGUUGUGAAACAAGGGAAAUCAAGUGGUGUAGCUGCCAGACCUGAAUCUUCAGAUGAGAUUCAAGUUUUAACAAAGGAGCUAACAGAACUCAAGCUUUCUGUUGACCUCUUGGAGAAGGAAAGAGAUUUUUAUUUUGCAAAACUGCGAGACAUAGAAAUCCUUUGUCAGACACCUGAGUUGGAAAAUCUUCCGAUGGCUGUGGGAGUUAAGAAAAUACUAUAUGCUGCGGAUGAGAAAGAGUCUGCUCUUGCAGAAGCUCAAGAAAUUGUGUCCCGAUCAAUGAAUGUUGAAGAAAAUGGAUUUUCGGAUGAUUGUGACUGAAUGAAUACGACUUGCCGUUAACACUAGCAGCUGAACUCUGAAGUCGUUUGUGAAGAAAAAGAAUACUGUAGGAGUUUUUAGCUGAGUUCGUUUUUGUUCCGUGAACUUGAUGUGUAGUAGUCGGUUACUGAUUUUGAAAAUUCUGAAUUAUUUGGUGGUGUUGCAAUUGUUGCGCAAACAAUGUUCAUAUUGUCGAUGAUGAAUUGGUUUCUGUGUGGUUAUUAGAACUUCUAGAAUUAGAAUUAACCGUCUUGUGUUCUGAGGCAAAUGUGCAUUCAGUAUCCGUUUAAUUUCCUCUUAUUUUAUUGUUUGCAUUAUGAAACGAAGCAUUGUAAACUCUAACAUAUAAAAAAG